AUGUCCCUUGAAAAAACGGUCAACAUCAAAAUUCUUACUGCACUGCCGCCAAUCGUCGUCAUUUAUACGACCAAAGAAGAGUUUUACACCGAGCUGUUGAAAAAAAUCCAAGACUUGCAAGUUCCGCUGGGCAAGAUCUGCUGGUCUGACUCUCAAGGUAAUGAGAGUGUUAUCAACUCGGCUGAUGAUCUCAUCACUGCUUUCAACAAAAUCGCGCAGAUUGAGCUGUUUAUGGAUCUGCCCGGUGGGAGCGAUUCCAAAGCGGACUCUGAAUUUGAAGUGAUUGAAAGAGACGAGGAAAUUGCACUGGCAGAAUCGACGAAAACUCCUAGUCCUGCGCAAUCACCAUCACAAGCCAUACCUGAAAUCCCUGAAAGACCGCUGAUUGCGGAAAAGUCCACAAAUCGCGCAGCCCAUCGCCGAUCUUCGAACUAUUCGAAAUCGCAACGGAGAUCGUCCAGCAAACAUUGCGCCUGUAACCAGUACUGGCCAUGGAGUGAUGCGAUAAAUCCAUAUUCUUGGUCUUCAAAUGAUUCGUCGGACGACAGAGGACAUUACUUACAACACAGAUGUAGAUCUCAGUGUUGUUGUCGUUGUUAUUGUUAUGGGAAUUAUGAUUAUUGA